ACAUCCGGUGUGUUCGAACCUCUCUCGGGCAGCGAAGGCAGACGAGCAGCGAAGAAUGGAGAGCGCAAGUAACGACACUCAGCUGCUAGCGUGAAACAUCAGUAACAACAAGUAACACCGAAAACCUCACAUUAAGCUCCAGGCAUUCGUGUACAUUUGGCGUGACAGAUACACAAGCUGUGUCCGGAUCGUCUGGAUUUAUCACGGCGAAGGUCUUCCACCUUCUCCUUCCUGUGACAAAUGUUGAGGCCAGAGAUCAGCCUGUACGACAGCUGCUAGAGGUGACAGGGUGAGGACGGGAGGAGUGUUGGUUAGCUGUACCAGGUUUUGUCUCAUGAGAGUAACUGUGCCGCCCAGGCACUGCCAGUGACCAGGGCUGUGGCUGUGGUGGGCCCGGCCCAGGAGGCCUUUUUGUACAUCACUCCAGGCUCCCGCUGACCUGUGCUGCUCACACCAUGGAUCAACAAAGAGAUAAAUAUGGAGAGCGGCCUGCCAGGAGCACAAAGGUUUCCCAGGGCAGCCGCAGUGGACACUCAUCUCGACCAUCUGGCUCUUCAAGUUCCUCUGGGGUCCUCAUGGUGGGGCCAAAUUUUCGUGUGGGCAAGAAGAUUGGCUGUGGAAACUUUGGUGAAUUGAAGCUUGGUAAAAAUCUCUACACCAACGAGUAUGUAGCUAUUAAACUGGAACCAGUGAAGUCAAGGGCACCACAGUUGCAUUUAGAGUACCGGUUCUACAAAACACUGGGAACUACAGCAGAGGGAGUGCCCCAGGUGUUUUACUUUGGGCCCUGUGGGAAAUACAAUGCCAUGGUUCUGGAGCUGCUGGGCCCGAGUCUAGAGGAUCUUUUUGACCUUUGUGACAGGACCUUUUCACUGAAGACUGUCUUAAUGAUAGCAAUUCAGCUGAUUUCUCGAAUGGAGUACGUGCACUCUAAAAACCUCAUCUAUAGAGAUGUAAAACCAGAAAACUUUCUCAUCGGACGGCAAGGGAAUAAAAAGGAACACAUAAUCCACAUCAUUGACUUUGGCCUGGCCAAAGAGUACAUCGACCCCGAGACCAAAAAACACAUUCCAUACCGGGAACAUAAGAGUUUGACUGGCACUGCUCGAUAUAUGUCCAUCAAUACACAUUUAGGCAAAGAGCAAAGCCGGCGAGAUGACCUGGAGGCCUUAGGCCACAUGUUCAUGUAUUUCCUUCGUGGGAGUCUACCUUGGCAAGGACUAAAGGCUGACACGUUGAAAGAACGAUACCAGAAGAUCGGAGACACAAAACGAAACACUCCCAUUGAGGUCCUCUGUGAGAACUUCCCAGAGGAGAUGGCCACCUACCUGCGAUAUGUGAGAAGGUUGGACUUCUUUGAAAAGCCCGACUACGAAUAUCUGAGGACUCUGUUCACUGAACUGUUUGAGCGGAAAGGAUAUACCUUCGACUACACUUACGACUGGGUUGGCAGGCAGAUACCCACACCAGUGGGGUCUGUCCAUAUAGACUCCGGAGCAUCUGCUGUCACGAGAGAGAGCCAUCCUCACAGAGACCGGCCUUCACAGCACCCACCAAUUAGAAACCAGACAGCGGUCUCAGAUCGACGAGGAGCAUGGGAGGUGCAGCCCACACGCCAAGCAAACUCCUCCUAUCUGACCUCCCACCUGGCAGCGGACAGGCACGGGGGCUCAGUGCAGGUGGUCAGUUCAACCAACGGGGAGCUGAAUGCAGACGAUCCACUGGCGGCUCAUUCCAACGCUCCGAUCACAGCUCAGGCAGAGGUGGAAGUGGUCGACGAGGCCAACUGCGUGAAAAUGCUCAACCUGUGGUGCUGCUGCUUCUUCAAGCGAAAACGGAAGAAGAACACGCCGAGGCACAAAUGAUCGUCCACCACCGGCCUGAAACGUUCCAAGUGUCCGGCUCAGUUGUUUGUGAUUUCAGAAAUCAAUAAGGUCCCAUUCAGAUAAAAGAGGCAACUGAAAGAUCGUGAUUGAAUUGUCCUCUGGAGGGAUCAGUUAAAAAUGGUUUGUUGAGAUGUACAAGAUGCUUGUGUCUUUUGAUGGGAGUCCUAUUUUAAAAAAAAAAAAAAAAAAAAAUCUUCUUUUUUUUUUUUUUCCUCCAAGAUGUGUGGGAAUGUUUUGCAGGCCAGUCGGCCAAAUGGGGAACCUAUUCGUUGGAAUUUUGCAGAGGAUAAUCUUGUUUUUGUUUUCCCUCCCCAAGACGCCCAGCAUUUGUAUUUUUCUGUCCAUGUUUGGCUUUUUUUUUUUUUUUUUUUCUUUUUUUUUUUUGCUGUUUCUCCUCUGUGGUAUCGCAAAGGAAGAGACAGAUCUUCCUGUGGAAUCUUGCCACGUUCAGCCCGUUGCAUACCAUGAUUUCUUUGUUUGACUCACAAAAUCAUAUUUUCAUUUCCUCUGUCGAGUCCCAGUUCCACCCAGAAAGUGGUUUUGCCCGUCGUUAGUUUGCUAACUCAUUUUUGACACAAAGCCCCUUCAUUCAUGAUGUGGGGCUGAAUGUAAACCUGAAAGAGGAGCCAGGAGUGUAACGGAGAGCAUCAGUCAGCCAUUUGGCCCCUGCACUUUUUUUCCUCCAAAGAGGUCAACCCUGGCACUGGGACCGGGGCCUGAGAGAACAGAAGACCAGAGAUGUCUCCUGCACUGUGUUCUCUGAGGAUGAUUUCUGCUCACGCUGCUUGGUUAAAGCACUCCCCUUAACCACGCCGCUGUCAAAAUACACUACAGUCUCUUUUGACUCUCAUGCAGUUCUGCUCCUGUUGGCUUUGUGAUGAUGGGCAGCAACCUGACACUUGUAGAUGUGGCUGGAAAAAAAAAAAAUGCUAUUUAUGCUAUUUAUCUUUCGGUUGCCACCGGUUUUCUUACUAAUUCUAAAACAUACACACUGAAUGUAUGGACAGAAAAGUAAAUGACUUUGGAGCAUUCAUAUAAUCUGUUAUGCGCAUGGAAAGGAAAUUGCAGUUAAGGAGUUAAGAAUAAUGUUUAAAAAAGGAAAAAAAUUGAGACCAAAAUUAAGUGGAUUUGUGGGUUCGGAGUCUUAAUUGUUCUUGAUCUUAAUAAUGUGAUGGUUAAUAAUGGACUCUAAACCAGUUGACACUGGGGGAUGUUGCUUUGAAACGACAAGAGUAACUGGCAUUAUGUGCUUUGGAGAUUGAAUCACAGCCUCUCGACGCUACAGUCCAAUGCCUUAACCCCAACCAGUCGACCACCACUCCACGCCACGCCACACCACACCACUAGUGGGACAAACAACUUGGCAGCAUGAUGGCUGUGAGAUUUGCAGCGUGGUCACGUGUAUAAUAAAAGCCCAACGUUGCAGACUGUUCUCAGCUAGUAUCAGAGCAGGCAAUGACUUCCCGUGUAACACUGAAGAUGUAUUCUCAAGAGAGCAAUGCCAAAUGUAAGGUUUGGUGUAAUAUUGUGUUAAUGGUGUUAAGACGUCCCUGCCCCUGCGUGUCCAGUCUGAAGACCCCUGUGCUGCAAAGCGAUGUUUGAUGUUUGGGUCCCUCUCCUCGAUGCAGAGAGAGAAAACCUCAUGUCGCCGUGAGAGCGGAUAAGAACAUGUCCAUACCAUUUUUUUUAUUUUUUAUUUUUAAUUUAGUGUCAUGGAGGACUGCCUUGAAACAAUAUCCUCGAUACGUCACCUUGCCUAUCCUCCUAACAGAGCGUGAAUUACCAUACAUAAGUGUUUUAUUUUUUUAUUUUAUAUCUUGCUAAUGUGAAUUUUUUUUUUUUUUUUUUUUUUUUUUUUAAAUGCAAUUUUUGUUUUUCCAUUCCAAAUAGCCAUGGUUUUAUGGGGAAAGAAAGAGAGGGUAACAAAAUAAAAAAUAGAAAAGAAAAAAAAAAGUUCGAAACCAUGACUGCACUACAUUUGUUGACCCCGGCUUUCCCUGACAAGACCCUGCCUUCUUAAUACUGUACUUUAAACGUGCUUAUUACUUUAAUUGUAGCUGCCUCGUGUGCUAGGCCUUCCCUAUAGGGUGCAGGGAAUACACUUUAAAUCGAUUUUUAUCCCCGCCCAGUCCCCUUUUUGUGCCAUGACACCUUCCUCCUGCCCCUUUCCUCUCUGCGUGCGCGCACACACACACACACACACACAGACACACACACACAGACACACACACACAGACACACACACACACACACACACUCUCUCACUCUCUCUCUCUCUCAUACACUCAUACUCAUGCGAGUCCUAGAUGAAUCAACUCUCAGUGGGGUGUUAGAUUUGCCGUUUUGUGGACCUGCUCCAUCAUCUUUAGAAAUACGAUGUUGUAGAUGUUGCAAACUAUCUCAAUGAAUCAGUAUGUAAACCUGCUUGUUGCGUGUAUUUACACUGUAUAGCUUUUGGUUUAUUCUUACCCCUGACAUGUCAGUUACUCCAGGGUCUAAGUUAUUGUGUUAUUGAAAGUACUUGAAUAUGAAAAUCUAUGGGACCUUUUCUGUUUGUUUUUGUUGUUUUUUUUUUAAUUAUUAUUAUUUUCUUGGUCUUUAUCUUAUUAAUUCCACAAAUAGAAUUUGAGGGGAAUGGUGGGAAAACAGGCUAUUUGAAUGACAGGUAUUCAUUUCUUCGAGAUGUCUUAGUGCCUCUGGAGGGUGUUGGACAGGUGAAGUUUGUCAGACUCACCUGUGGAGCGCAGUGCUAGCUGAUGUGAAGGCUUGGGUCAUUAACUUUACCCAGGACAGGUGCAGUUUGAUGCUGGUGUGGAGGUUAAAAUCACUGUUUUGUCUUUGUGAAACAUUCAUUGUAAUGUAUUUUUAUCUGGUGAGGGUGAACCCCACCCACCCACCUAAAGCCUGUGACAUCUGCUGCCUGUGAUCUGUGAUUCUCCCCACAAAGCAUCAGCGGCACCUGGAGUGUUGUGUCCCAGCUACCGGAGAGAAGUUGAAAGUAUUCCUGUGUAGUGAGAUGGAUAUCAAGACUAUACAGCCUUCAGUGUUUCCCCCCUGAAUUCCUCGAGUGCCAUUCCUGAGACUACUACUUUACUAGCCCAUGCCUUUUACCUGUGCCAGAAAAAUAUGAAGUUGAAUGUUUUUUGACCAUUGCAUUCCACCUUGUGUCCUUGACGUGUCCACUGUCAUUUUGAAAAAUCGCAGCGCAACAUGGCUCAACUCAGUACCAGGAAGUGUUGGAGUGUGUCAGUAAAAGUGUUUUUUAUUUUUUGAAUCGUUUCUGUUGAGUUGUUAAUUUCUUUUAUGUCGUAACUUAAAAGAAACCGACCAAGUUAAUUAUUUCAGAGUUGAAUUUGUGACUGGUCGUCCUUGCAACAUUUGCUUCUUCCUCAAACUGUGGGUGGCCUCACUCUUAAGCUCACGGCUGAAAUGGUAGAUAUAGAUAUAUUACUCUGAUGUAUUUACUUUUUAAUCUCUGGGCCUCAUACAGAGCGAUAUAGGACAAACUCUGUAUGAUUUGUAUGUGCAUGGCUUAUCUGGAGACGACAGCGAGCGGUCUCUCUCUCCGGUGAAUUUUCUCUCCUGUAGGGCUCAUAUGCUGUUGGGUCACUGAGACGUUAUGGCUUCCAGUCUUCAUGUAAAAUAAAUAACUUUUUCAUGUCUUCUCACAGCACAUUCCAUUUCAGUUCCCUUUAUUUCUCAUACGGUUCACUUCAGACUUGUGUUAAUGGCUUUGGAUGUGUGUAACUCAUUCCUGUGUGUCAAAGCUGUGUAAAUCAAAGCAAAGGACAGUUAGAGUGUGAAUGAAUGGCUUAGGUCUUUUUUGGGUUCUCUGGCACUUUUUCCUUGUUGCUGUACUGUAGAAUUGUCUUCGAUUUACUGUAUAUUUUUCUUUGAGGGAGAGGUUUAGGGUGACAUUUACUGCAAUAUUGUGAUGAUUAUUUGAAAAUUGUAAAUUGUACAGUGUUCACAAUUGUAGUCUUUGUUUCUUUUCAGUUGGGAUUCCAUAUAAAAGAUGUAUUCUUUGAUUUUUUUUUUUUUUUUUUUUUUUCCUCUCAGACUGUGGAAAAUCAAAUUGUACAGCUCCAAGAGUUUAUCCUCCCCUCAGCAUUGUCUUUUUUUCAGAGCUAUGAUUAAGAGAAAUCUUAAAUCUGUAAAUAAAUAUUAUUGUGUUGAAAUAUGAAUGUCACUUCGAAAAUGUAUUUGAAUGAGUUAGUCAAGGGCUUCAAGAAUGAAGGACCCAUGUUUCUUCUUUUUAUGGUUUCAUAUUUUUAAUUUGCAGAAAGGUAAAGGUCCUUUUUAUCUGAGAUGCCUGUUUUUUUUCCCUCCUUGAAUUCAUAUAAUACAAUGUGUCACACAUGAACCUUAUAAAAUCACUUUUUAUUCCCUCCACACCUAAAGGGAAACUCCAGUUUGCACCCUUUUUUAUGUAAAAUAAAAGAUCUCUCCACCUUG